UUAGGCUUUCCUAACUUUCCUAUACUUCCUCGAUCGUCGUCGGGCCGGUCCCCGCCGAUCUGUAUUAUAAGAAGGUUUUCCGAGUUUUUCCAAGGUCUCCAAGUCAAUAUCUUCCAGUGGAUCCUGCUUGUUUAUCCGGCUCUCUCCUGAUCGCCGAUGGCCAUUCUCUUCGUCGUCCUCUUCAUACGACUCGGACUCAUCAUCGUAGUCGCCGCACCCGUUUCUGCCACCUCCGCAACCGCCUCCACAACCACCAUUGCACCCACCAGAGCAGCCGCCUCCGCAUCACUGAAAAUAACAUAUGAUUACAGUAAGAAUAUAGUAAGAAAUGUACAGUGGCAAUGCAAACUCAAUUUCGAAGAAUUAGAGCGAGUUAGUCGGUAUUCAACUGUGAUUUCCGUUUCGGGCUCAGGCGAUGGUAUCUCGUACUUUUUCGGAAUCGGACGAUAUGUGACCGGUUUGAGCUCACGGUUAGGCUAA